CUAGUGUAUCUUCUAUUUCAUUCCUAAUUUCUUUCGUAAAUCUCUUGAAGCAAUCCUUGCCAUCCAGAGAUUUCUGUACAUAUGUCCGGAUAUCCAGAUCGACUGUUUCAGAUUGUAGCGAUAUCGAAAAAGCGGUGACUGGUCCUAGUGACCCCACUAUAUCGGCCUCGGGACGGCUCGUAACGAGAAUCGAGAGCGAUCCAGCAUCAUGAUCAGCCGUAAGCUCCCUGAUCCAAGAUAGCAGACUCUCCCGUGUGUCCUUGGGGAAUUCAUCUAAAGCAUCGAUAAUGAUAAAUGUCUUCUUGAACCCCUGUAUAAUAUGCGACAAUAGAUCCUUCAGAUCUCUGGUAUCCGCCGACUUUCCAAUCGCCUUCGUGGUAUUGUAGAGAUCUACAACCGCACCCGGCAAACCCCGAUCCGAAGGCCUUUUUGGAAGUUGGCCAAUGAGCGAUAGAAGUAUAUUGUGUAAUUUCUGCUUCUCGGAAUCACUGAAGGUGAAGUAGAAAUAAGCCAAUGCGUAAUCAUCGUUCGCCUCGCACA